CAGAAACACGAGAAAAGGUCAAAGGCGGAGGUCAGCAUAUCGCUCAUCAGUUCUACUCCGUAGUCCGUAGAUGAACAAACAUGCAGAUUAAUACUCGUAUUAGAUAGCAGAGAGACUCUUUCCAUCACGCCAAGCCUGGGAGCAAUUUAAUUCCGCGUAAUUUUCGAUUUCUUUUCUAAACCUGACCGCGUCAGUCAGUGUAGACCGGUCGCUGUUUCAGAUUAAUUAGCCUCUGGUUCUUGACCUGAAUGUGCGUGGAAUUGCAGAGAACUGCAAGUUUUGUUUGCUACAAGUAGUAGGUGUAGACUUGUAGUAGCUGUGUUCUCCGGCUGAUUCGGCCGCCGGCGAUGGCCGCUGGUGAGCUCGUGACAAGAUCGUCCAUGGCUGCUGCUUCUGCUUCUGCCAUAGCCUGCCUGCUGUUCUUGGGAUUCUUGCCUAGCCUCGCUACUGCCGUGUCGUUCAGCUACUCCACCUUCAGCAACGGGACCAAGAACAUCACCCUCCAGGGCAGCGCGGCGAUCGCCGGCGAUGGGUGGAUCGAGAUCACCACCGGCAGCAACCUGCCGAGCGGCGGCACCAUGGGACGCGUGGCGUACUCGCCGCCGGUGCAGCUCUGGGAAGCCGCCACCGGCGAGGUCGCCAGCUUCACCACGCGCUUCUCCUUCAACAUCACCCCGACAAACUUGGACAACAAGGGCGACGGGAUGGCCUUCUUCCUCGUCGGCUACCCUUCGAGGAUGCCGGACACGGCGGACGGCGGCGCCCUCGGCCUCACCAGCCGGACCUUCGACGCCGUCAUGUCCGGCGACAACCGGUUCGUCGCCGUCGAGUUCGACACCUUCAACAACUCGUUCGAUCCCAGCGCCACCUACGACCACAUCGGCGUCGACGUCAACUCCAUCGUAUCGGUGCAGACCGAGUCGCUGCCCAGCUUCAGCCUCACCGGGAACAUGGCCGCCAUUGUCGACUACAACAGCAGCUCGAGCAUCCUGUCGGUCCAGCUGGUGAAGACAUGGACGAAUGGCUCGACUACACUUUACAACCUUAGCACCACCGUCGAUCUCAAGACCGCCUUGCCGGAGAAGGUCUCCGUCGGCUUCUCGGCGGCGACGGGCUCAUCCCUUGAGCUCCAUCAGCUGCAUUCUUGGUACUUCAACUCCUCGUUCCAGCAGAAUCCACCACCGGCGGCGCAGCCUUCCCCGACCACCUCUGGUCCCGGACUUGCCGGAGUUAUAGCCGGAGCCACCGCUGGUGGAGCACUGUUCGUCGUGCUCCUCUUCGCCAUGAUAGUUGUCCUCGUGCGGCGACGUCGGAGCAAGAAGAGAAGGGAGGCAGAAGAGGCAGAGGAGGCGAGACACGUAGGGUUGGCCGGAGAUGACGACGAUGACGAUGACGGCGAGCCCAUCGUGGAGAUCGAGAUGGGCAUGGGGCCAAGGCAAAUCCCAUACCACGAGCUCGUCGAGGCGACGAAGAGCUUUGCGGCGGAGGAGAAGCUUGGGCAAGGUGGCUUCGGCGCCGUGUACAGGGGAUACCUGAGAGAGCAGGGCCUAGCCGUCGCCAUUAAGAGGUUUGCUAAGGAUUCCUCCAAGCAAGGGAAGAAAGAGUAUAGGUCGGAGAUCAAGGUGAUAAGCCGGUUGCGUCACCGCAAUCUGGUGCAGCUCAUAGGGUGGUGCCAUGGCCGCGACGAGCUCCUACUCGUCUACGAACUCGUCCCCAACCGCAGCCUCGACAUCCACCUCCAUGGCAAUGGCACCUUCCUGACAUGGCCAAUGAGGGUUAAGAUUGUUCUUGGGCUUGGAUCAGCACUGUUCUAUCUCCACGAGGAGUGGGAACAGUGCGUUGUGCACCGCGACAUCAAGCCGAGCAAUGUCAUGCUGGAUGAGUCCUUCAACGCCAAGCUAGGCGACUUCGGGCUUGCAAGGUUCAUCGACCAUGCCGUGGGGAUGCAGACGAUGACCGCCGUCUCUGGGACACCAGGCUAUGUUGAUCCUGAAUGCGUGAUCACCGGUAGAGCAAGCUCAGAGUCUGAUGUUUAUAGCUUCGGCAUUGUCCUAUUGGAAGUGGCAUGCGGAAGGAGGCCAAUGAGCCUACAAGAUAACCAGAAGAAUGGCAUCUUCCGGUUGGUCGAGUGGGUCUGGGACCUGCACGGACAAGGAGAUGUUAUCUCAGCGGCUGAUGAGCGGCUCAACGGUGACUACGACGUGUCGGAGAUGGAGCGUGUCAUUACUGUGGGGCUUUGGUGUGCGCAUCCAGACCCAAGUGCACGGCCGUCUAUCAGAGCAGCCAUGGCCAUGCUCCAGUCUAGUGGGCAACUACCGGUGUUACCUGCCAAGAUGCCUGUGCCAACAUAUGCGCCGCCGGUGGCCUCAGUGGAGGGGCUCUUCACAUCGUCCACUGGAAUGUUGUCCUCAAGUGCAACACAAUCAUCAUCGACAACCAGUGGCUAUAUUACCCACACCUCAAGUUCCUCUAACACAUCCACUUCAGCUGGUUCAAAGGACUCGUCUUCGUUGCUCAAACAUCAAUACUUAUGAUGUUCAAUUCAUUUGCAUUGUUACUGAUUUUGACUUGAUGCUUGAAUGGGAUGUACAACUCGUGAGCCAUUGAUUUUCCUUUUAGAGUAGUCUAAUUGCCAAUGUGAGUAAUGUAUGUGCAUUUAUGCCAUGAUUUAAAUUUUACUCCCAUUUUAGUUAUUCUAGAUA